ACGCUAGUUGCUCGCUCAAACGCAACCAAAAUGGCGUCCACCAACAACUUCCUUGUUGGAACUGGGUGAGAUUUCAGGUUCAUCCAAGAUGGUGAGAGGAGUAGCUGCUCAGUCUGCCAUUGUCUGGUGAUCAGGGGAAGGUGACAGGUUGUCUUCGAUUUCACCACUGACCUAGAAGGUUUAAAGGUCACAAAGCUCGUCAAAGGUCAAGGACCUUAUUGAAAAAUCAAGGUCACACUGAAUGGUCAGCCUUGAACUUUGUCUGCUGUGUGUAGGUGAAGGCCGCAAUGAUGGAGGAAAUACCUUUCCGAUGUUUGCCAUACACAGCUUGGCAGGAGCUGACUGUGAAAUUAGAGCCAAACCUAUUGCUUGGCUCGGACUGGCGACAUUUAGCAGAGAAACUAGGGUACGACUCAGAAGAUGUUGCGUACUUUGAGUCUCGCCGACCGGAGAAACCAUGCACACUGUUGCUGCUGGGAGAGUAUGUGAAGAAGGAGUCGUCCACGAUCCAGAAGUUGAAGACAGCACUGGAGGAGAUGGCAAGACCUGAUGCUGUGAAGGUGCUGAACAAUCACAUGCAGGAAGCCGAAGAAAAGUAUAAGAAUGAAAAGAAUGCAGUUCAACAGUCACCUCGCACCCCCGAUGAAGUCUCCUACAACUGGCCGUCAAACUCUUUUGCGCCUCACAUGUAUCCAUCACUAGACAUGCAUGGCCACAUGGCACACCAGGGCAUGGUGAAUUCCAUGCAGUAUUGCCCAACCAGUGCCUGCCACAUCCUCCAGUCUCCACCCUGCAGGCACAAUUCCAUCCCUGAGCCACGACACCCCAUGUGUAAUGGCUACCCUAGUCAGAAUGGAAGUAUGUCCUAUAUCAUGUCGCGGGGUGUGCAGGGACACCCUUACUUCAGCGGUGAAUACACUCCACCCCAGCACAAUGGCUGCCAGGAGAGCAUGAUGGUCCAUCAGGACCCUCCAGGACCAGGGGACAUGAUGUCAGUCGAUGACAUCGACAUGGAGGAAGACAAUCAUCGCCGAGAGGAACCUGCACCUUUGCCACGGACCAUCAUGAGGGGAGAUAACCAACUGUCAUCAUUCACUCACUCACAGUCCAUGGGACAACCAGCCGCUAUAGAUGUUGCUCGUGAAGAGGAAGUGGAAACUUCAGGGCGUAAUGCCAGCUACAUUGCAAUUAAUCACGUUGGAGAAAGACAACACGGUCGACCAGAAUAUUACGGCCAGAAUAUGGGCCCCAAACAGCCUAUGUCAUCCUCCAACAGGCCUUACAUUAUCAAAGGCACCAUCAUCAACAUGAACAGUCAUCAAAUGAUGCAUGAUGCAGGCCUGCGGAAGGUGUCCUCUCCACCUAUAUCCAAGCUGCAGCAGUUGGCUCAACUACCGCCUUGCUACCAGCCAAAUCAGGAAUACAAGAAAAUUGUUGCAGAUCAGAAGGUGGAAGAUGAGCGGAUGGGAAGGCCUCGACAAUUCAAAGAAGAGAAAAUUGAUGCUCCCAGCUGUAGUGGUCACGAUCAUCUGAAUUUCACUGACCUAAAAAAAAUGCAAUUGCGAGCUAAAAAUGGAGUGAGAGAGACGCCCAAAACGUUUCCGCGGGUGAAGACUCCCACUACAGGGACUGUUGUAGGCAGCCUGCAGAUGAACCAGUCCAAUACACUCACUAAGUCGUCUUCCAUGCCAGUAGAUAUGAAGCCAGCUGAGUUCAGGAAAGCCUUCCGCCAUAUCAAGGUGUUCGUGACGUACUCCAACGACAGCAAGAACCACCUCUGCCAUGUGCUAUCUCUGUGUAACUGCAUGGUGAAGAACGGGUUCUCGGUCUGCGUUGACAUCAACAGCCGCUAUGUCUCAACACUCCCCAACCAGCAUGACAAGGUCAACUGGUACCAGGAAAAGUUCAAUGAGUCUGAUUUCAUCCUAGUAUGUCCGUCUGCUAAAUACAAAACGGAGAUCGAGGCGCAGGAAUUGUCCAAGAAUGGGAUGAUGCCGGAGAGUCAGCUCCACACCCGAUACAUCUACGCACAGAUGCUGAAGGAGUACAGACAACAUGAAAAGAACACCAGGUUUGUCCCUGUGCUGUUCCAAGACUCUGAUGAACUGUACCUUCCGUCAUGGCUAAAGAAGACGUUGAAAUACUCCUGGCCAAGUCAGUACAAGGAUCUGUUGUGGAUGCUUACUCGCCCCGAAGAUCGAAUCAAACCCAAGCCAAAGUUGUUCUCCGAGUCCACCAGCCAAUCAAAUUCACCAAUACAUGAGGACGAGCACUUAACCGAUUCUUGAGCGGGUGACAGAUUGUUGAGAAACAUUAUUCUUCAUGUUCGUUGACUUUCUGUUUCAUUCUAAAAAAAUCAAGAAGGAAAUCGUCUCACUCUCAUGGGGAGACUUGGCUUGAACCAAUUGGCAGCCGUAAGAAGUGUGAUACAAAUUAUUCAAACAUCACUUUGUGUGCUAACUCAGAUGUUUGGGUAGAUGUCAGUCUAUUGGUUAAAUACCCUAAUUCCACAGAGAAAGAGUGUCAGUUGAAUUGGACACUAUUACAAUGUCUGGACCUAGUCUUGGGAACCAGGCCGUGGAAAUUAGCCUCCUUUAAGAUUGAGAACUCUAACUGACCAGCGAGGCUUCUCCUCAGGUUGAGGGCAUGGGACAUGUUCCACCAAGCACUGAUUGACCAGUGUUGAUCGCAGGGGAGACAUUCAACCAAACAAUGACUGACCAGUGAGGCUUCUCCUCAAGUUGAGGGCAUGGGACAUGUUCCACCAAGAACUGAUUGACCAGUGUUGAUGGCAAGGGAGACAUUCCACCAAACAAUGACUGACCAGUGAGGCUUCUCCUCAAGUUGAGGGCAUGGGACAUGUUCCACCAAGAACUGAUUGACCAGUGUUGAUGGCAAGGGAGACAUUCCACCAAACAAUGACUGACCAGUGAGGCUUCUCCUCAAGUUGAGGGCAUGGGACAUGUUCCACCAAGCACUGAUUGACCAGUGUUGAUGGCAGGGGAGACAUUCCACCAAACAAUGACUGACCAGUGAGGCUUCUCCUCAGGUUGAGGGCAUGGGACAUGUUCCACCAAGCACUGAUUGACCAGUGUUGAUGGCAGGGGAGACAUUCCACCAAACAAUGACUGACCAGUGAGGCUUCUCCUCAGGUUGAGGGCAUGGGACAUGUUCCACCAAGCACUGAUUGACCAGUGUUGAUGGCAAGGGAGACAUUCCACCAAACAAUGACUGACCAGUGAGGCUUCUCCUCAAGUUGAGGGCAUGGGACAUGUUCCACCAAGAACUGAUUGACCAGUGUUGAUGGCAAGGGAGACAUUCCACCAAACAAUGACUGACCAGUGAGGCUUCUCCUCAAGUUGAGGGCAUGGGACAUGUUCCACCAAGAACUGAUUGACCAGUGUUGAUGGCAAGGGAGACAUUCCACCAAACAAUGACUGACCAGUGAGGCUUCUCCUCAAGUUGAGGGCAUGGGACAUGUUCCACCAAGCACUGAUUGACCAGUGUUGAUGGCAGGGGAGACAUUCCACCAAACAAUGACUGACCAGUGAGGCUUCUCCUCAAGUUGAGGGCAUGGGACAUGUUCCACCAAGCACUGAUUGACCAGUGUUGAUGGCAGGGGAGACAUUCCACCAAACAAUGACUGACCAGUGAGGCUUCUCCUCAAGUUGAGGGCAUGGGACAUGUUCCACCAAGCACUGACUGACCAGUGAGGCUUCUCCUCAAGUUGAGGGCAUGGGACAUGUUCCACCAGACACUUAUAGAGCUCAUCUGGAGACUGGUUGGCCUGGUAUUUUUGGGGUGGGGGGUGGAGGGGGUGCGGCCAUUUACAUCAAGAUGACGAACUGUUAAGUCAUGAUGCCGUAAAUGCUCCUUCAAAGACAAUGUGUUCAUCUGGCAGAAAUACACCUUGGGACUUCACUGGCAGAUCCAGAGUGGGGAUGUGCAAAAUCUUUCCAGGACACCUCACAUGGUUAACUGCACCCAUGGCCAAGUCACAGUAUGUCCAACCCCUGUUUUCAAAAUCCUGGAUCUGCCUGGACUAUGUGUUCUUAGGUGUGGCAGCCAUUUGUAUCAGGAUGGCAGACAUUUACAUUGUGGCCACAUAGGUAUGAUGGAAGUGUUUGCGGCCGGCAUUGAUGGUGUUUUACUUUAUUAUGCUGGAUUCCUAGGGAUGUUUUUUUUUGUGGGGAAGCUAUCUUCAUUGUUGGAAGUCUGGGAUGAUUGUGAAGGAUGUUAUUACAUGGUUUGGUCAACUAAUUGGUCAACUAAUUGCUUUUUGUUCAUCUUGAUAUGGCAAUGGGACAGUGUCUAGAGCAUGAUCUUGUUCUGGAGAACGAUGGCAGACUUGUGACUUGUUUGUGUAAUAGCUGCCAGAUCCAGUGAACUGAAACCGGAACUGUUUCUCUGCAUGUGAGCUGUGUACAUAAGCAGGUGAUUAUUAUCUGGGGAAUGUCUCCGAGUGAAUCACAAGCCAGACAAGGCUUUAUGCUGUAUAUCUGCUCGCUAUAUUUAUCUCAUAUUUACAGGUGUGAUAUAGGUACAGCGCCAUAAAGUCCAAUAAAGAGGAAAUGGUUUAUUGCUCAUUUUACAUUAUUGCAAUGAAUUAAAAUUAAAUUAAAGUACCUUUGAAUUUAGGAAAAUAAUUUCUAAAAAUUCCAAUAUUUAAAAAAGGUUUAGAUAUGCAAAUUUGCCUUAGAUAUUAGAUAAAUCCCUUAUAUGACAUCCAAAAGUAAUUAUGAUUCUUUAAGUGAGUGAUUUUGAAGCAAUAUGUAAUAAGCAUUUAAAUUUUGUUUCUUAAACGUUAAAUCUUCUCAAUAGAACUCACUGCCUACUGUGCUGUGCUAUGCUAUUUCUGCAUCAAUAUGGGUAUGUAGGUAGUUAGUGAAGAAGAUGUCUAUGUGCAUUUGUAUGAUUUUAAAAAUUUGAAACAUAUAAUCAGUGAAAUGCAUAACAACCCGGUGACUGCCAUUUUCUUCAGUGUCGUGUAGAUAUUUGAACUGGCGGACACCUACCUCAUCCAAAUUGCUCACAUAUCUUUGGGUCAUGUAAUUUAAGGCGACUAUGGUCGUGAAUUGUUCCAAGGUAUUUAUGACAGAAUGGAGAUAUGUAGUCUGUCUCCGGGUCCCUGGAUCACUGUCCCUUCUGCCAAGCUGACUGUAAUGCUAAUGCUCUGGAUGAAAUAGUUCUAGAUUUUCCACAGGUUCUGAAACUCCCAUGUCACUGGGGUUCCUCCUCGGUUUAAAUGUAGUUACCCGUUUCUAUCAAAAUUAUAUAUGUUUAGACACUAUAACAAGUCUUUGUGAUCAUGUUAACUGUUACUAGAACAUUGAAGCAACGUAUACCCCAUUCUGGACACAGGAGCAGUAUCUUGUAAGAACUGACCGUGAGUUCAGGGCAGCCAUCAUGUGUGACCUGGCUUAUGUCUCAUCGCACUCACUCGUUCACAGUCCCAAAAGUGUGACUGUGCUUUCUCAUCUUGUCUUGAUGAUGUUCUUCAUGUCUCAAUAUGUAAUAUAUUUCAUUUAAUAUACAGUGAAGCCUUGUUUAUCUGGAACCUGUUAGCCAAGAAAACAAGCCUUCUGGAGAAACCCACUGAGAACGAAUGUCUACAUACAAAAGGACAUUUCUCUGAACCUGUGACAGUUUCAUUCAAAUCCGAUCUAGGUUCAUGUUACUGCUUAACUAAGAUCUGAGGACUUCCCAUUACAGGUCAUGUCAGAACGACCUGACAAAGUUCUCCAGCGAGAGACAGACAAUGAUUUCGACAGAAUCAUUUGUACAGCCCAAAGCUGUCGUUUGGAAUACCCCGUGUUAACCUUUCCGAGGAUGCAUGAUUAGAAAACACAUUUUGACAUUUCCUGAUCUGGUAAGCCACACUGAUUGAUCGGAUUGAAGCAAUAUCUUUGUCAAAAUAGUUUUCAAAGUGUGGAUGAAACUAGUGCCGCUUGGCCUGAGAAAGCUGCUUUCUGAUAGGCUAAUGUUGACUUCUUGUUAGUCUUGUUAUCCACUCAGAGGUCACAAAAGGUCAUUCUGACGUGACUUGUACUGAGAUGUCCUCAGAUCUUUAUUUAUCGGGAACAAGAACUAAGAUCUGAGUUUAAUGAGAUUGUACCUGUGAUACAAAUACUUGAUAUAAAAACUUGUAAUGAUUUCACAAGGAACGCUGCAGACCAGAUUAACGGAGCAUCAUGAGUGUUCAUACUAAUUUCCAGUCAAUGGCAAAUCAAACCUAUAUCUAGAUUACCAUGUAUCAGACUUUUCAGUCUCCAGGGCAUAACUUGAGUCCAUCAGAAUCACAUGUAGAUGCUGGUAAACAAACUGGAGAAAAACCUGCAUGAACACCAUGUUUUAGGACAGUAGGCGUUUGUGAACGGAAGAAUCCGUUUCAGGGAAGUGAGUGUGACGCAGUGGACAUGGUGUUUGUGCUGUGUGUGUAUCAUCAUUGCACCACUUCAACACAUCACAUACGCAGUGCAGUUCACACAUUAUUCAGUGUUCCCUUUUACAGGUAAUUACCAGGUUUUGUAACCGGUACAAUUAGGCUAAUUUUAAGUGCAAGGAUUUCGCUUUGCUUUGAGGUUAAAUGUAUAUUUGGUAGCGACUUAGUCUUGAAAUGUGCAACAAAAAAAAAGAGAGAAAAACUUGAACUUUGUGUGAAUGCUGUGUAGAUCUAACAUCGAACCUAUAAGUUUAUACAGGUCCAUGAUCUAACUAAGUUACUGCAGGGAGGAUGUCACUGCAUUGAACAUGAAGUAGCAGGGGUAGACCAGGUAAUUUUCAAACAUUAUUUUAUUUGUUUAAAGUUGGGACUGACAAAAUUAGGGGGGACUGGUAAUUUGUAGAGGGUUAACAGUCCACCAGGACUGUCAGUUUCAAAAGCCAGCGGGAACACUGAUUAUUGUAUUGAUUCUAAAGCGUAAAAGCUGCGGUAGGCAGCAAGUGCACGCAGUUGACUGGCCCAGGAGCAAACCUUCCACCCUUGCCAUUAUUGUUGACCAGCUGUAUUAUGCUAAUCUGCGGGUUCGAUUAUCAGUUUUUUUUCUGAAGUCUGUUUUGCAGUAGAGGUUUCUUAUUUCAUAAGAAUCUGAAACACAUUGCUUGCUUUAGAACAUUAAUUGAACGAGGAAGGGAUUAAGAAAGGAUCCCAGAGUUAACCAUCAUGUUGUGUGAAUGAAGAAAGAUUUUAUUGAAAUAGUAAGUCAUGCAUAUUUGAAAUGGGUGUGGUGUGUUGUGCCUUGUUAUUCAUUUAUCAGUUUUAAAGGUAGCAUCAUCUGAGGGGCACACCACUGAUAUACGGUGUUGUUAAGAGUAUUCAUAUUGUUGGAAUAUUUUUAGUGACAGGAUUGAUGACAAUGUGUGAAGUUUUGUUGACGUGUAACUGUGCCUAUAUCUCAUUCUGAUUUGAGAGCUUGAUGUUUAUUAGACCAGAUCAUUCUUUUUCUUCUUGUAUUACAAAUUCAUGGGACAAAUUGGCUGGAUGGAGGCGGAAAAAAGAAUAAGUAAAAGCCCAGGUCAAUACAAAAAAUGUUUGUAUUAUGGAUUUAUGGGGCCAAAUUGAUAAGAUUGAGGAAAAAAUAAUCUUGAAAAUGUUUAUAUUUCUUUAUUGAUUGGGUAACUACUCAGAAAAUAACUUCUGCUACUCCAAGAAGCAAAACUUCUUGAAGCCAUAAAUGAGACUGGCAGGGCAUGUGGCUAUGAAUUUGCUGACAAAUCACCAACUGUGUCAGUAAGUUUCUUUUCAAUUAUUUUCCUAAUUAGAAAGCUCUUCUGUUAUGUGACUAUUAGGCUAUAGCGCUUUGUCUGCACUGUGCAAAACCGUAUAAGAAAAGUCAAGAAGAAUCAAUUCACAAACUACAACCGGCCUCGUCUAGGUGCCAUUGUUAAUAAUGCAAAAAUAUGUAUAUGACAGUAUCUUAUCAGCAAGAAGUGAUAUGAUGGGCAGAGAUGAAGCAGUCCAAUGAAAUUAUGUUCACUUCUGCUGAUGGCAAGUGACAGUUGUGGAAGAGUUGCUUCCCUUCCAGUGAGAUAUUAAAUGAUAUUUUAGUGUUGUUGGUGAAUUAUUUUUGAAAUCAUUUAAUUAUUUCUCUUCUUUCACUUUUUUUAAAUAAGGGAAAAAUUAUUUCGGUUAAUUCGUAGUACAAGAGAGAAAAAGUGCUCUGGCCUUGUCAUUUGUUAAAAUAUAUAUGUGUUAUUAUAAGUUACUGCAUUUUUUAAAUGUUGUUUAGUAUAUAUUUUGUCACCAUUGAUUCUUUACAGUUUUCAUUCCUGCUGUCCUUAAGUCGUAUGACUCUAAACAGAGAUUUAUUUUACAGAGAUUGAGAUGAUUAUAGUAAGAGUGCCACACUUGGCUACCUGGGGGUUUGGUAGUCUCAUUCACCAGGAGCCUGUUCCACAAAAUGAUCAUAGCGUGAUCAAAGAUAUCAGAGCCUAUGUUAACGUAUGGGAGUUACAGUCAUAAUAGUGCUGAGAUCGCUUUGUGGAAUGGGGCCCUGAUAUGUGAUAAAUAACGUUAGAUAUUUGGUAGUGCUUUCCGUUUGUCAUAAUACAAAUAGUAUUUAGCUGCAACAAAAUGAACGUCAAUAAAUUGCUACAACACAAUGCUGACAAACCAACAACACUUUGGGUAUUCCUAAAAGUUUGUGCUGAUGUGCUGUUGCAGUACUGUUUAAAGCAAUUUUGAAUCACAUCUCACUUUCAUACUUAUGUUGUUCUAGCAGUGGCUAUUUUGGACAGUAUAGAAAGAAUAGAUUCAUUAUCUUGCCAAAUCUGAUUCGAGUGUAGUUGAAGACCAUUGUCUCAUGGUACAUAAAUGUAUUUUCCACCCUCAAAACUGGAGGGGUUUAGUUUAGUUCUUUGGAUAUGUAUUCUUUUAAAUUUAUUGAGCAGCUAGAAAUUUAUGCAAGUGGGAACCAGAUUAGAAUAGGUACCCAUCAGCCAUGCUAGUCACUUCAGGCAACUGGGUUGGGUGGUUGACCUGGUUGAUUGUGUAAUUGUACGUGGUGUGGGACGUUGCUCGUAAUAUCAACCACUGGUUAAUCUGAUUUGAUUAUUUAAAGGCUGCUGUAAUGUGUUGGAAUAUUGCCGAGUAAGGUGUAAAACAACAAACAGAAACAAAGCAUGUUACAUCAGGCUGAGGACAAACAUUUGAGCAGGAGGUGGAGCAUCCUCUAUAUCUCCAGGGCUCGCAUUUCGGUAAAUCUACACUCACCCCUGGACCACCCACAAGGUUUUCGUGAUCUUAAAUUACCUGCCUUUAAUUUCCUUUAGCCAAUUUGAUUGGCUACGCUAGAAGGUCUAACACCAAUCAUAAUGCGAGUUACUAACCAGUUUUAAUGUAGUGGUUGGCGAUAUCAACUAAACAGUGCCCAGUCCCAUAGAUUGCGAUAGAGUGUGAGAAAUUCAACGUUGAAAAAAUGACUGACACCCAAAAGAAAGUCCUCAAAACCUUAUUGAUGGAGAGGAUGUCUUCAUGUCCAUAAAAACUGGCGGUGGCUUAUAAGGCAAUACGAGUUAUAUCCCUUACACAUUCUUUUUCCUAAUCUCGACAUUUGAUUUGUUGGUAAAUUGUUAAUGAAACUCAAGGGCAGGUAAUAUAAGAUCGCAAAAACUUGUGGAUUGUUGCAGGGGUUGGUGAAGGUUCACCAAAAUGCGAUUCCUGGAGAUAGAGAGGAUGGAGGUGGACGGGUGACGUGACUUUGGCUAAUCGGCAUUGGAAACAUUUAUGAAUGUUGGCAUUAGAUAAUGGGGAGGAUAUGACUUUGGCCAAUCGGCAUUUAAAAUUUUUAUGAAAGUUGGCCUUAUAUUAUGGGGAGGAAAUGUUUGAAAGAGGCCUUUAAAAGGCCUUGAAUGUUGUGACUGAAAAUAUGUGUGGCCUUCCCUGAGAUAGAUAUCUCAUCAUAUACCAGAUCAUGUUUAGGAGAAUAUUUGAAAAAUAUAAUGUGAUUUCCCCCCUUGAAUCGUUUGUGGUAACAUUUCUGAUGUUGAAAUGUUCUAGUUGAAGUAGUUUAAUUAAAGGGCGAUACCUGUUGACUGUCAUGCAUAUAUGUAGGAUUCAGAUCUAUGGUGGGACUCUGAUCUGUGGCAGUUCUCAGAUCUAUGGCAGAUUCCACAAAUAGGGCAGAUAUUGGCACAAACUCAGAUCUAUGGCAGAUUAUCAUAAAAUAUUAUUAACUGGCAAUUUUUGUAGUGCUAGACUUCAGAUAGAUUCAUAUAUAGCUGCAGGCUUUUGAUGAUCAAUAUGAUUUCUCUGGAUUAUUUUUAUCAUUUCCCCUUUGGAACUGCAUCGUCAGGUGCAGGGUUUGCAUGUACCGGUAGGAACUUUUCUUAAAUACGUUUUGUUUGUUUUUUAAUUUCAGUGUAAGGGUCUUUCGGUUCUGGAUUCUUCCUCUGCUGGCAUGAAUCUGCAUCAAGCAGCUCUCACACUUUGGCGAGGUGGUUGCCGAGCCCUCCCGAGCCUAACUCGGUUAGCACUCGGGAAGAGACUACAUAUAUAAGAUUAUCAUACGAGUACAGUACGAGUGUGUUACGAGCCCCAUAGGAGUCCAAUAGGAGUCCAAUAGGAUUCCAAUAGGCGUCUAAUAGAAGUCUAACAAGAGUCUACUACUAUCUCGAUACGAGCUGUACGAGCUUGGUACGACUUUGGUACGCGGUGGCUACAAGCUGCGGGAAUGACACUCAUACAGCUCGUAUUAGACUCGGUCAACUCUGCGAUAAAUUUUGCAGACGAUUCUCAUACAAGUUCUGUAUGAGCACCACGAGAUCGCCUCGAGGGUACUACGAGUAGGACGAGUGUGUUAUGAGUUUGUUACGAGUUUACUAGCCAUUGGCUGGCGGCCCGACUGUUUUGAGCAGUUCCAAAACUCUCGCAGAUCACUAUGAGGUAUCCCGAGUUACCCCCAGUUUAGAACGACCUCGCUACGAGCUCCAUACGAGUACUCCCGAGUCAGCUCGGGUCCAUACUCGGGACGCAAGUCAGCAAAGUGUGAGAG